CCCGCCGGCCGGCCCCCCGCCCCAGCCCCGGAGGGAGCUCAUGGGAGUAUGAAGGAGAUGGUAGGAGGCUGCUGCGUAUGUUCGGACGAGAGGGGCUGGGCCGAGAACCCGCUGGUCUACUGUGAUGGGCACGCGUGCAGCGUGGCUGUCCACCAAGCUUGCUAUGGCAUCGUCCAGGUGCCAACGGGACCCUGGUUCUGCCGGAAAUGUGAAUCUCAGGAGCGAGCAGCCAGGGUGAGGUGUGAGCUGUGCCCACACAAAGACGGGGCAUUGAAGAGGACUGAUAAUGGAGGCUGGGCCCACGUGGUGUGCGCCCUCUACAUCCCGGAGGUGCAGUUCGCCAACGUGCUCACCAUGGAACCCAUCGUGCUGCAGUACGUGCCUCACGACCGCUUCAACAAGACAUGCUACAUCUGUGAGGAGCAGGGCCGGGAGAGCAAGGCGGCCUCAGGAGCCUGCAUGACCUGUAACCGCCACGGAUGUCGGCAAGCUUUCCAUGUCACCUGUGCCCAAAUGGCCGGCCUGCUGUGUGAGGAAGAAGUGCUAGAGGUGGACAACGUCAAGUACUGCGGCUACUGCAAAUACCACUUCAGCAAAAUGAAGACAUCCCGGCAUACUAGCGGGGGAGGCGGAGGGGCCGGAGGAGGAAGUGGCACAGGGGCAGGUGGCAGUGGCUUUAUCACUGGCCGGAGAAGCCGGUCAGCCUCUCCAUCCACCCAGCAGGAAAAGCACCCUUCCCACCAUGAAAGGGGCCAGAAGAAGAGUCGAAAGGACAAAGAACGCCUUAAACAGAAGCACAAGAAGCGGCCUGAGUCACCCCCCAGCAUCCUCACUCCGCCUGUGGUCCCCACUGCUGACAAGGUCCCCUCCUCAGCUUCGUCCUCCUCCCACCAUGAGGCCAGCACUCAGGAGACCUCUGAGAGCAGCAGGGACUCGAAGGGGAAAAAGCCUUCCAGCCAUAGCCUGAGUCACAAGGGGAAGAAACUGAGCAGUGGGAAAGGUGUGAGCAGUUUCACCUCCGCCUCCUCCUCCUCCUCCUCCUCCUCUUCCUCCUCCUCUGGGGGGCCCUUCCAGCCUGCAGUCUCAUCCCUGCAGAGCUCCCCUGACUUCUCGGCAUUCCCCAAGCUGGAGCAGCCAGAGGAGGACAAGUACUCCAAGCCUGCAGCCCCUACCCCCUCCGCUCCCCCCUCUCCCUCAGCCCCCGAGCCCCCCAAAGCUGACCUCUUUGAGCAGAAGGUGGUCUUCUCUGGCUUCGGGCCCAUCAUGCGCUUCUCCACCACCACCUCCAGCUCGGGCCGGGCCCGGGCCCCGUCCCCUGGAGACUACAAGUCUCCUCACGUCUCGGGGUCCGGGGCCUCAGCAGGCACCCACAAGCGAAUGCCCACACUGAGUGCCGCCCCUGCGCCUACGGAGGAGACCCCUGAGACAGGCCUGAAGGAGAAGAAGCACAAAGCUAGCAAGAGGAGCCGACAUGGACCAGGUCGUCCCAAGGGCAGCCGCAACAAGGAGGGGGCUGGGGGCGCAGCUGCUCCCUCCCUGCCCAGUGCCCAGCUGGCCGGCUUUACCGCCACUGCUGCCUCGCCCUUCUCCGGAGGUUCCCUGGUCAGCUCUGGCCUGGGCGGUCUGGCCUCCCGCACCUUUGGGCCUUCAGGGAGCCUUCCCAGCCUGAGCCUGGAGUCCCCCCUGCUAGGGGCAGGCAUCUACACCAGUAAUAAGGACCCCAUCUCCCAUGGUGGCAGUGGCGGAAUGCUGCGCGCUGUCUGCAGCACCCCCCUCUCCUCCAGCCUGCUGGGGCCCCCAGGGACCUCGGCCCUGCCCCGCCUCAGCCGCUCCCCAUUCACCAGCACCCUCCCCUCCUCCUCUGCUUCUAUCUCCACCACUCAGGUGUUUUCUCUGGCUGGCUCUACCUUUAGCCUCCCUUCUACCCACAUCUUUGGAACCCCCAUGGGUGCCGUUAACCCCCUCCUCACCCAAGCCGAGAGCAGCCACACAGAGCCAGACCUGGAGGACUGCAGCUUCCGGUGUCGGGGGACCUCCCCCCAGGAGAGUCUGUCUUCCAUGUCCCCCAUCAGCAGCCUCCCCGCACUCUUUGACCAGACAGCGUCUGCACCCUGCGGGGGUGGCCAGUUAGACCCAGCGGCCCCCGGAACGACUAACAUGGAGCAGCUGUUGGAGAAGCAGGGCGACGGCGAGGCCGGUGUCAACAUCGUGGAGAUGCUGAAGGCACUGCACGCGCUGCAGAAGGAAAACCAGCGGCUUCAGGAACAGAUCCUGAGCCUGACGGCCAAGAAGGAGCGGCUGCAGAUUCUCAAUGUGCAGCUUUCUGUGCCCUUCCCCGCCCUGCCUGCCUCCCUGCCUGCUGCCAACGGCCCAGUCCCUGGGUCCUAUGGCCUGCCUCCCCAAGCUGGCAGCAGCGAUUCCUUAAGCACCAGCAAGAGUCCCCCGGGGAAGAACAGUCUUGGCCUGGACAACUCUCUGUCCACGUCUUCCGAGGACCCACACUCAGGCUGCCCCAGCCGCAGCAGCUCGUCGCUGUCCUUCCACAGCACGCCCCCACCGCUGCCCCUGCUCCAGCAGAGCCCCGCUACUCUGCCCCUGGCCCUGCCCGGGGCCCCUGCCCCGCUCCCGCCCCAGCCACAGAACGGGCUGGGCCGGGCACAGGGUGCAGCAGGGCUGGGGGCCAUGCCCAUGGCUGAGGGGCUGUUGGGAGGGCUGGCGGGCAGCGGGGCCCUGCCCCUCAAUGGGCUCCUGGGGGGGUUGAAUGGGGCUGCCGCCCCCAACCCUGCGGGCUUGAGCCAGGCUGGCGGGGCCCCCACGCUGCAGCUGCCAGGUUGUCUUAACAGCCUAUCGGAGCAGCAGAGGCAUGUCCUGCAGCAGCAAGAACAGCAACUGCAGCAGCUCCAGCAGCUCCUGGCCUCCCCGCAGCUGAGCCCGGAACACCAGACUGUCGUCUACCAGAUGAUCCAGCAGAUCCAGCAGAAGCGGGAGCUGCAGCGGCUGCAGAUGGCCGGGGGCUCCCAGCUGCCCAUGGCCAGCCUGCUGGCAGGAAGCUCCACCCCGCUGCUGUCCGCGGGCACCCCCGGCCUGCUGCCCGCCGCGUCCGCCCCCGCCCUGCUGCCCGCCGGGGCCCUGGUGGCUCCCUCGCUCGGCAACAACCCGAGUCUCAUGGCCGCGGCGGCCGCAGCCGCAGCAGUGGCAGCAGCAGGCGGCCCUCCAGUCCUCACGGCCCAGACCAACCCCUUCCUCAGCCUGGCGGGGGCGGACGGCAGUGGCCCCAAAGGAGGGACCGCUGACAAAGGAACCUCAGCCAACCAGGAAAAAGGCUAAAUCCACCCAGCCCCUCCUGACCCCCAGAUGGAGGGGGCAGAUCUUGGCCUGAGGGGUCCUACCUAGCCUGGAGCAGGCACCUGCACCCAGACACUGGAGAGCCCCAGCCCAGAUGGUGUGCUGAGGCCCAGGGAGUGUGGGUGCUCCUGGUGCCGAGGACUGAGCCGGAGAGGGAUGCCCCUUCCAUUGGCCCCUCUCCCUCCGCACUGACCCCUUUGUGAGGGGCUCAGAGGGAGGACAGGCUUCAAGCCCACCUAGGAGCCCCGACUCUCAGCAAUGUUUUGAGGUCCUCCAAGAGCCACAUGGGCCAUGGCAUAAGUGGGGGGUUGGUUGGACCCCCCACAUAAAAUGGAUCAGCACUUGAGUGGGGAGAGGUGGGGGGACGGGCCCUGGGCCUGCCCGUGCGCGGAAAUCUCUUACAAAAGAAGGGGUGGCCCUGCUUUACCUGCGGUUUCUUCCCAACUUGGGCAGAUGGCAGAAGAGAUCCCUUGGACUGUGUCUCCCCGGUCCCCUGCCCCUGCCCCCUAAUGAGGGUUACAAGCUGAGCUUGUAAAAGCCCACAGAUGAGGGAGCUGAGGAAGGGGCAGGACGGCACCAAACUAAGCCCAUGCCUCCCCACCUCUCGGGAGUCCCCCCUCCCCCCCCGUGACGGUGAUGGGAUGGGGGAGGGCAGGGGGGGCGAGGCCCAACCCUCUUGGUGCCCUGCCCCUUGUUUGCACUAUUGGAUUUAGGAGUGCGGAGGGUGGGAAGAUGGAGCUGCCUGACUCAGAGAGCGUGUGUGCCUGUGUGCGUGUGCGUCUAUGUGUGUGUGUGUGUGUGUGUCUGUCUGUCUGUCUGUCUGUCUGUCUGACUCCCCCUGGACCUGGGGCAGCUGAAGGCAGGGAUAGGAGCAGUGCUCAGAUGAGGCAGCAGCAGAAGAGGGCUCCCAGCUUUUGUUUGCACCCUCCCCACCUCACCAACUUUGGUCCCUUUCUGGGGCGUGAAUGGUUAACAAAAACCAGAACAGUACUCCAAUAUUGGAGAGUAACUGGGGGCUGGGGGCUUUGAAUCAGGGUAAUGUCCUGCCUUCCCUCCCCCAGGCCCCCACAUGGUCUCACUGCCCCCUCGGAGCCCCCCUUCCCCCACUGACAGUUGGUCCUGCUUCCCUGGCCCAGGGGGAGCCCCAGGGAUCUGGGGGAUGGGGCAAAGAGGGGGAGUAAAGUGCCACUUCCUUUGGUGAAAACCUCCCAGAAUUAG